AUGUCGAACAACAAUCCCACAACUCAAUCACAACCUCCGGGCGAUGAAGCAGCCGAUUCGAACAAGCCGACAUCAUCAUCAUCAGAUCACAACCACACUUCCACCUCCACAGCCCCAAAUUUUAUUCUCCUUUCCGAAGCAUGUUCCUCCUCUCUUCAAUCCCUCCUCGAACACUAUCAAAAACAUGAUUGGCAUGACUUUUCCACAGCAGGUCGAAGUCAUGUCGCUCUCACUCUCGCCAAAGAACACAUUUUCAAAUCGAGUCUUGAAACUUUCAAAAAAGACAAUCCACACACAUCGAAAGAACCCAUCUAUAAAACCAUUCCCGAUUAUUUUGGAUACGGAGUGAAAGUGGAAAUGAAAUUAGAGGAAGAAUGUCCAACCAAUGUUGGCAAACCAUAUAUUAUUACAACUGUUCAUGAAUGUUAUUUUAAUGGAGAGGGAAGACUCGAGAGUGUGAAUAAGAGAAUUUUAAAUUGA